AAGCAUGUAAAAGUAAUACAUAAUAUAAAGAAUUAUCUUGUGUGUUUAAUCCUCGACGGUUCCGAUGUGUCUCCAUCCCCUCUCCGGAUCCACGUGGCCCACAUUUACAUGCCUGCUGAGUAAAUGCUAACAAACGCUGUCAGUUGCUACUAGACUGUUAACUCUCAUGAGUAGCACGAUGAGUUAAAGUCGACUGUAAUUAUGAAAGCUAAAGUACAAUUUGUAAAUUAAUAAGAAGCCAGUAUUAGAUUUAAAUAUCACAAGUACAAAUUUAGUUUAAGAAGACAAUAUUGAUUUGUUAAAUCAAUAAAGAUAAUUAAAUUAAAUCUUACAAGUAUUGUUUGUAGUCUUACUUGCUCGUUAUAUUUCUUUUUGUAAUUGUCUUGUAAUUUUUAUUUAUCUGUUUAUUGUAAUUGUUGCUGUUAAUUUAAUAAUCGACACGUGUGGGUUUAAUUAUCACGAGUUACGAAUGACUAGUGUCGAAAUAAAGUCAAGAAGGGAAAUAUUAAUUAAGUAUAAAAAAAUGUUAAUUGUAUUAGGUUCAACAGUUGCAUUGAUAGCUAGUCUUAUGGCUUACUCAAAAUCACAAAGCUACUGGACCACAGUCGCUAGAAAAAUUUAUCAUCAGAUGCAGUACAGUCUUUUGGGAUUAAAAGAAAAUUUUAUUGAUUUACUACAGGCUAAAUAUAAUAAAACUGAGUUACCACGUAAGAGCGGUUGUGUUGCUGUUGUUACUGGAGGAUCACGUGGAAUCGGGUUCGAAGUUGUCAAAAUGUUGCUUAAAUGUGACAUGGAAGUUAUCAUCGCCUGCAGAAAGCGAGAAGCUGGAGAGGAAGCUAUUGAAAAAAUUCGCGCAUCUGGAGUUACCGAUGGCAAAGCUAAAGUUUACGUACUCGACAACUCAAGUUUUGAGUCUGUAAAAAAAUUUUCUAGUGAAGUAAAGAAAGACUAUGCGAAAGUUGACGUAUUAAUUAACAAUGCUGGAGUGAUGUUUACACCUUAUGAAGAAACUAAAGAUGGUUUUGAGCAGCAGUGGGGUAUUAAUUAUUUGUCCCACUUUCUGUUGACGGCGUUACUCAUGCCGUUACUCCACAAUGCAGGUACCACACAAAAUUUUGCUAGAGUUAUCAAUGUUUCCUCGUGUGCUCAUAAAUUGGGUGUCAUUAAUUUUGAUGAUAUUAAUUACAAUAAAAGAAAACCAUUUUUAUCAAAUGCCGCUUAUGGCCAAAGCAAACUUGCUCAAGUCGUGUUUACAGAAACAUUAAGACACAUAUCAGAAAAAAAUGAUCUCAGAGUGAAAGCUUACGCCGUACAUCCAGGACUUGUCAAUACAGACUUAUUUGAACACAGUUUUAUCCACCACGUCGGCUGGUUCAUGAAAUUUUUCUUCAAAACCCCAGAACAAGGUGCCAUGACAACUGUUUACGCAGCAGUAAGCGAAAAAAUACAAGACACUGAGGGGCUUUAUUACAGCAAUUGUUUAAAGGCUACUGUACAUCCACUUGCGUACGAUAAAUCUAUACAAGAAAGACUAUUUUUACUUAGUCUUGAACAAACAAAGCUGUCAAGUUUUUUACAGUACUGCUGAUUACCAGAAUUCAAAUAAUAUUUAAUUAGUUAACGUCAUAUUUAAAAUCCGUCCUCAAUAAAAUUAUUUAUAUUUUAAUAUA